CGGGUUUUGCGCGUCUUCCAGACAUGUUGAUCUGGCCCAUCAGAAAUCACUUGCUACUAGUGGCCCUCGAGCGAACCAUCUUGGCACUUUUUUCCUUGCUUCAAUGCGGAAAGAUACUAUUCAAUCUCGCUUACCUCCUCUCUAGUCUUUCGACUCUACUCAACGUGCUGCGGUGUUAGAACCCGUUUCGAUUUGCCCUACCAUGCAUUUGGAACUACCUCUCAAGCUUUUGCUUCUUAUUGUCGAAUACUUGGACUCCAAAGAAGACCUGAACUCCUUUACGAGAGUAUCGAAAUACAUUCGCAACAAGACCAACAAUAUCUUGUACAAGAAACACGGUGAAUUAGCACUUCUGUGGGCCGGUGAGAAGGGAAUAGUGGAGACUGCCCAGCUUGCGUUAAGAUAUUACAACUUCGAAGAGGCAGAUGCCAACCGGAAAAGGGAACUGUGCGAAAGAGCUCUUUUGUUGGCUUGUGACGGGGGCCAUAUUGACCUGGUCAAGAUACUGCUCAAGGAAGGGGUUCUCGCCACGUAUAAAAAUUACGAAGGUAUGAGUGGGCUGUCACUAGCUGCUGGAAAAGGACAUAACGACAUUGUGGAAAUGUUGGUCGAGGCAGGAGCGGAGCCAAAUUGUGAGGAUAGAGAAAACAAAUCGCCUCUAAUGUUGGCUGCCAUUGGGGGUCAUCACCAUACAGUUAACAUAUUGCUGGACAGUGGAGCAGCUAUUGAUAGCCUUUGCUAUCACGAGUCCGCUACAGCUCUUAUGUUCGCUGCCUAUCAUGGCCAUGAGAAUAUCGUCAAUAUCCUCCUUGAUAGAGGCGCAAAUAUUGAUAAAACCAAUAUUUUUUGGAAAUACAGCUUUAUGGCACGCCAUCUGGGGUUGUCAAAAAGGUGUAUUCCAAACUCUCGUCCAAAGAGGAGCAAAUACUUCCCUUCGGGAUACCGCAGGGAAGACGUAUUUGGAAAGGGCUGAAUACUAUAGGGGAAUUGAUUGGGUAGCUGAUAAAAGUGGGGAAGGGAAGAAAAAACACAGGAGGAGAAAGAGGAGAAAACCAAUGUCCCCUCGGGAUACCGCAGGGAAGACAUAUUUGGAAAGUGAUGAAAAUUACAGGGAAAUUGAUUGGGUAGCUGAAAAAAGUGGGGAAGGGAAAAAAAAGCCCAGGAGGAGACAAUCAAGGAGGAGAAAAUUAAUGCCCUGUUGAACACCUCACGACAAGCGGUCGGCCGUUUCCGGUUUCUAAACAUUUCGUGCUAUGGACUGUGGUCGGUCUUUUUCAUUCUCGUUAUGUUUGGCUAUUUCGGAUUUUUCCCAGUGCGCUGUGGAGUUCAAACAACUUCGACUGCAUGAGACCUUGCAAUACCGCCGCUCAAUGGUCCACUGCUCAAACAUAUUCGACGGUUCACGAUUUUAAAUCAAAUCCGGAGAAAUGAAAGGAUCAGAACUGCCUUUUAUGAUCAGAUAUCACCAUUAUUAUCGUUGAACAAGACAUUGGACAAGGCGCACAGGACCAGAGGAUGCUGCUGAACGUAUUUUACAGUGUCACAAACGUCGAUAGACACUGUCUGUGAAGACACUGCUUUGAGUACUUUGUGCAACUGGUAAUAACGCAGUCUUCCAGUAAGAUUGAUGUUUAAUCUUUCCAUCUCUACAUUUUUUCCCCCUUAGUGAUCCU